AUGACUUGGAGAAAUUGGUUUCUCGUUUUGGAAGUUUUGAUGAUCUUGUUGCUACAUUUUUCAGUAGGAGAGCUGCUUGGAUUGACCACUGCAGCAGAUCUUGCAGAUCCUGAGCAGUUAGAUCUUGAUCAGUCUAAGAAACAGCAGAUCCGCGAGAUGUUGGAGGAGCUUGUUAAUUAUAGUACAGACUUUUAUAAUGUUACUCCAAUAAGUGUUUUAUGUAAUCUAGACGAAGCUUCAUUGGAGGACUUGAUUUCUGUUCUGCAAAAGACUCAACAGGAGGUCUUUAAGACAUACGCUACGGCUCCGGAUAUAGGUAGUUUCAAGGACUUACCUGUUUUCAAGGGAACUAUAAAAUCCGUCAAAGCCCGUCAGAUCUUGGAUAGCCGUGGUAUUCCUACGGUUGAGGUCGACGUAAUAUGCUUAAACAGUGUUCUAGCUAGAGCUUCCGCACCUAGUGGUGCAUCCCCAGGAGUCUUGGAAGCCCUUGAGUUGACGGAUGGGGAAUCUGACUACUUCAGAAAUGGUGUUUCAAAUGCUGUUAACAAUGUCAACUCAAGUAUCGGCCCUGCUCUCAUUGGGAAGGACCCAACCGAUCAAACUGGUAUUGACCACAUGGUUCAUAAAUUGGACGGCGAACAAAAGCUCGAUGCUAAUGCGGUACUUGCUGUUUCACUGGCUGUGUGUAAAGCCGGUGCAGCUGUCACCAAUCUUCCACUCUACAGGCACAUAGCCAAGCUGGCUGGCAACAAGAGGUUGGAGUUGCCCGUUCCUGUCUUCAGUGUGAUUAAUAUUUUGCCGGAUUUCAUGAUGCUCCCUGUUGGUGCUCCUGGUUUCAAGGAGUCGCUGAAGAUGGCCUCUGAAGUCCUCCUCCAUUUGAAGGCUGUGAUUAAGGAUACCACAUCCAAGGAAGGUCUUAAAUUGCUCAAGACAGCCAUUAAGAAAGCCGGUCAUACCGGAGACGUUCUUAGAGCUUUGAUACACUCGGUAACACUUUCCCUCAGGCAGAUUUCUGUAGCGGCAUCCUUUCCACCGGAAAGUGGGGAAACAGAGGAUGCCUUUAUUGCUGAUCUUGCUGUCGGCUUGUCAGCGGUACGAAUAAAGACCGGAUCACCUUUCAGGUCUGAGCACAACCAGCUUUUGAGGAUUGAAGAACAACUUGGAUCUGAGGCCAUAUACGCAGGUGCAGUUGUGGAAAAGUCGUUGGGUGGUUUUUCUAGUAGAGAGAGUAUAUGACUUUUGAAAUAAAGCAGACUCAGGUUUUGAUAGUUCUGAACUGAAAAGAGUUCUUUUGUUAUAGUUAUGUGAGCAUGACGUUUUUUUGACUGCUGUUUCUGUCAAACUUGGUAUUUGUGGUAUUUUUCUGAUUAAAUAUUUUGAUGUUUUUGGUUUUC